UCCACUCAGCCUGUCAUAGCUACACACAGUCACACGCACAAGACCCGACACAAAACCCCUGGAUUCUUCCCGGCCGGGCUCUCUCCGCCGAAGUCAGUGGGUCUAAAACGUGACCCACCUGCAAGCUGAAUCUAUUUUUAUCCUCGCAAACAUCUGCGUCGCGGGACAGCUGAAACACCCCGCGGAAUGGAUAGCGGAAUGCCAAGAGGACAGCGGAGAAUUUGGGUCUGAAUGCCAAAACACAAAUGUGUAAGCUAUGCUUGCUGUGUUCUAUCGACAUUUUGGCUGUCUGAAGGUGCGUGUGUAACGUUUGCCAUUGAAGACGAUGAAAUAGCAACACCGUGAACAAGGAUGUUUGUAACGUCAACAAUCAUACGACCUGUCUCAGAAAACAAGGACAGCUGAAUACAGCACACCAGCUACGUAGCUAGAAUUUUCGUUAUAACGCUCUACUUCAGUUAGAUAAUAGCAAUCUUUAUUGGUUGUAUUCAAUCCGCACGCUUGUAAAAUGACUUGGUAAUAUUGAGAAGCUGUCUUUGGUUGGCGGGUGGAUGUGUUUUGCCUCAACGGUUCACAGUAAUAACUCCCCGUUGAAGGAGACGGUUCAAACCAUUAAUUUGACACAAUCAUAAACAGUAGUAACACAUUUGAAGGAUCGUGAAGAUGGCGACUGGAGCGGGUUGGCAGCAAUAUUACAGCCCUGCUGGCAAUUCAUCGACCGGAGGAGCGGGGAAAUAUAAUUCUGGUCCACCGCCGUCCUCGAUGCCUUUCCAAUCGGGCACUACCAUGGAAUAUACGCAAGACCUUCAUCUAAAAAUGAGCAAGAAGAUUGCACAGCUGACCAAGGUGAUCUACGCAUUGAACACCAAGAACGAUGAGCACGAGGCGGCCAUCGCGACUCUGAAGGAGGCGCACGAGGAGGAGGUGCAGCAGAUCCUGUCGGAGACGCGCGAGAAGAUCAUGCAGUACAAGAGCAAGAUCAGCGACGAGAUGGACCUCAAGCGCCGCAUCCAGUCACUGGAGGAGUCCAUGGAGCUGCACGAGCGGAUGAAGCGGCAGGCCCUGGCCGAGUUCGAGACGUACCGGCAGCGCGUGGAGGACCUGCAGCUGUGCACGGAGGCGCAGCACACGCAGCGCGUGGUCAGCAUGUCGCGUGAGGUGGAGGAGAUGCGCCGCAACUUCGAGGAGAAGCUGCGCUCCUUUGGGCAGACACAGGGGCAGUUCGAAACGGACAAGCGCUCCGCCAUGGAAGAGCUGCGCGCCUCCCACCGGCAGGAGAUAUCGGACAUUCUGCGCAGUCACCAGAGCCAGAACCAGAACUACAGCAAGGACCAGGAGAAGCUGGGCCAGCUGCAUAAGGCGGAGGUGGAGGCCCUGGGGGAGCGCGUGGACGAGCUCAAGCAGGACAAGAAGCGGCUGGUGGACGAGUACGAGGCCAAGCUCACCAAGGCACAGGCGUUCUACGAGCGCGAGCUGGAGGCCAUGAAGCGCACGCAGCAGCUGACGGCCGACAACCUGCAGGCCUGGAAGAAGACGGAGGCGGAGCUGCGUCGCGAGUUCCAGACGCAGGAGGCGGCGCUGCAGAAGACGCUGGGCAAGCUGCGCGCCGAGCUGCAGCGCGUGCAGGAGGAGGCCCGCGACAGCCGGGAGAAGUCGCACAAGCUGCAAGUCUCGCUCGCCAGCGCAGAGAGCACCGUCAAGGAGCUCCACAAGCAGCUGGACGAGGUGACCCAGAACUCGGAGAUCAUCGCCAUCCGACAGAAGGAGGCGGAGAACGAGCUGGAGGCCACCAGAGACCGCGUGCAGCAACAAGCCACCGAGAUCCUCCUCAAAGCCAGUCAAAUCGGCAGCCUGCAGGCCACCCAGAUGACCCACGAGGCGGCCAUCCGGGACCUGGAGUCGGAGAAGAGCCGCCUGAAGGACAAGGUGGUGCGGCUGGAGGAGGAGAGGGGCGCCCUGCAGAACAAGAGCCAGGCCCUGGACGACCGCCAGCGCAAUCAGAUCGUCAACCUCGAAAAGGCGCUGCGCGAGGAGAAGCAGUCGUACGAGAAGGAGAUGAUGAACAUGCGUGCCAAGUACGAGGAGGACGCGGGGCACUUCAAGGAGUCGCAGAGCCGCGCGCUGGAGGAGAUCUCCAAGAAGCACCGCGCCGCACUGGACAGCACCCAGAGCGCCGCCGAGAAGGAGAAGAACCGACUCAUAGCUGAAAUGGAGCAGAAGUUUGAGCAGGAGCGCCAGGCACUGGAGGAGCAGAAGAAGUGCCUACGGGAGCAGCUGGACGCCCUGCGAGAAGAGCUGACUGCCAAACUGGAGAUGGCCAACUGUGAGGUGUCCCGUCUGCAGGAGCUGGUGCGUGAGGGAGAGCAGGGUCUGGGCAGCUGCGCCGGGCAAAUCAGCACCCUGCAGGAGGCUCAGGACAAGCUGUUGGAGGAGCUGGACGCCACGCGCGCACGCCUGCGGGAGACCAGCAACAUGCUCACCGCACUACAGGGUGAGAUGGAGACCCAGAAGCAGCAGCAUGAGGCCAAGCUGAUCAGCACUCGGGAGGAGGAGAAGCUGAAGAUGGACAAGAUGGCCCUGGAGCUGGAGCUCAAGUGGACAGAGACUCUCAGGCAGGAGUGUAAGAAGCUGCGUGAGGAGCUGCGCGAGGAGCACGAGGAGCAGAAGCGGCUGGCCCUCAACCAGCUGGCCCAGAGCAAAGAGCAGGAGCUGGGCAGCGCCCGCGAGAGCUGGCAGAGGAAGGUGGAGGACCUCCUGGAACAGAUCUCGCUCCUGAAGCAGAGCCUGGAGAUGCAGCUAUCGCAGUCGCAGACGUCGCUGCAGCAGCUGCGCGCCCAGUUCGACCAGGAGAGGGAGCACCUGAGCGCCCAGCUGCAGGAGCUGGAGGCCGAGCACCAGCGCAGGGAGGCGCGUCUGCAGGAGAGCCACUGCUGUGCCCUGCAGGGCCUCGAGGAGGCACGCCAGAGCGAGCUCAAGGAGCUGGCUGAGCGUCUGCGGCACCAGCACCACAUGGAGCUGCAGUCUCUGCGGGAGGCGCACAGGCACAACAUCGAGACGCUCAAGCAGCAGUCGGAGCAGGAGCUGCAGACACUGCGCUUCGAGCUGGAGGACGAGGGCAAGGCCAUGCUGGCCUCUCUGCGCUCGGAGCUGAAUCACCUGCACGCCUCUGCCAUCGAGCACAUGCACCAGACCCACCAGCAGGAGAUCGUGGUGGCCAAGCAGGAGCUGGAGAAGGCCAUGGAGCAGAGCAGGAUACAGGAGAGGGAGCUCCUGUCUCGCAUCGCGGACCUGCAGGACGAGGUGACGCGCCGGAAGAACCACAUCGCCGACCUGGACCACGAGAUCCACACGCUGAACGAGAACAUCAGCACGCUCACCAAGGAGCUGGAGCUGAAGGGCAAGGAGGUCCUGAAGAUACGCAGCGAGGCCAACCAGCAGAUCAGGGCCCAUGAGCAGGACCUGAGCAAGAAGCAGGAGCGGGAGCUGAGCGAGCUGCACGCCAUGCACAACCGCGAGACGCAGAACAUGCUCUCCGACUUCAACAAGGCCCAGGAGCUGCUCAAGGACAAGAUCUCCGCCCUGCAAAUACUGUUGGAGGGAACCGAAGAUAAGUUCCGGAACCGCGAGAGCCGCCCGGAGGACUUGCAGAUGAUUGCAGAGCUGAAGGAGAUGGUCUCAGAGAGGGAGUCACUCGUCAAGAAGCUGGUGGAUGACAAGAAGUUCUAUCAGCUGGAGCUGGUGAACCGGGAGACUAAUUUCAACAAAGUAUUCAACGCCAACCCCAAUGUAGGCGUGAUCAACCCACUCAUUAAGCAAAAACGAAAGAAUGAGAAAUCGGCAAACCGAUUCAACAGCUCGCCAAACCUGCGGGAGUUGGAGGCUACUGGGACCAGGAGCCCUGGGGGCAGUGGGGGUGGGGGCGGAGGGGGAGGAGGAGGAGGAGGAGGCGGGGGAGGAGGAGGCCUUAGCCUUGGUGUGGUUGGUGGAGGAGGCAUCCACGGGGUCACCCAGUCCACCACCCACCUGGAGCCUAUCCUCAACUCCCCUGUCGAGCUGAACUCCUCCAUCAAACUCCUGCCGCCACCCACCCCCCCAAACGAGCCCAAGAAAUUCACGAGCCCUCCUGAGACAGAAGAGUCACCCAUAGCUUCCCCGGACGCCCAGCGCCAGGAGUGGUUCGCUCAGUACUUCUCUUUCUGACUUCUGCAACUCAAGAGCAUGUCGACCCAACCAAAAUGAAGAAAAUGAAGAAAAAAAAAGAAAAGAAAAAAGGAACAACAACAACAAAUGAACAGAAACAACAAAGAAAACAAAAGAGAACCAUCAAAAAUUCUAAAGACCAAAAAAAAAGUAAACGAAAAGAGUUAUUAUUUAAUGACAUCAUAACAUUCGUUUUGAAUUCAUAUUUAUUUAUUUAUGUUAUGUUUUGUUUUUCUUCACUGUGAAUGGGUUUUCUUGUUUGUACAGUGAUAGAUAUGUUUGACAUUUUGGUUUAUGCUAUUUCUAAGAGUGGUCCAUUUGCUGCUGAAUUGUAAUUUAUUCAGAUGAAGUAUAUUCUCUCUGUUUUUCUGUCUGUCUCUUUCUUUCUCUCUGUCCGUUACUCCCGGUGUGUCUGCCCCCUAGUCAUGCUCUCUCUCUUUGUCUCUCGCUCUCUCUCUCUGUCUCUCUCUCUCUGUCUCUCUCUCUCUCUCUCUCUCUCUCUCUCUCUCUCUCUCUCUCUCUCUCUCUCUCUUAUUUUAGAAUGGCACCAUGAUGAGUGUUUGUUACAGAUACAUUACCAAUUUUGGUAGGAAUUAAAAAUCAAGCUGUUUCUAUGGUUGUCUCAACACAGAUAUAAUGAUGUCUCACCAAUUUUAAAAAUAAAAUACAUAUUUUAUAUUUAUAUUCUAAUGGUGUAUGCUCAGA